AUCUGCGUACGUAUAAGAACCCUUUGCCAAAAUCCAGUUCACAUACGCCUGCAUGUCAGAGAGACGCUUUGGAUAUUUCUAACAUGGACAUGGACGCGGUUGCAGCGAAGAUGCUGUCCGAGUGGAAGAGCUGUGAGGGCGCUUUUGGAGAAGGGGACUCGCUCCAGUCCGACUCGCCGGUGUCCUCGAUGGACUCCAUGUGUUCCUCGCCGGAGAUGGGCUACUCCAGCGGGCAUCACCGGGACGACGAGGAUUUCUCGUUUGGCUUCGGGGGAGGCAGUUCGGCUCUGGCGGCUCAGCGGCAGAGCAAACCCAAGAUGUCCACCAAGAGACGCAUGAAGGCCAGCGAGAGGGAGAAGAUGCGCAUGAGGAGUCUCGCGGAGGCUCUGCACCAUCUCCGCGACUACCUGCCGCCCGACUACAGCAAGAGAGGCCAGCCCCUCACCAAGAUACAGACCCUGAAAUACACCAUCGAGUACAUCAACAAGCUCUCAGACAUCCUGGGCCGCGCGUAACGGACGCGUCAUGGACCACUUUUACGCACUAGACUUAUCCUCCCCUGGACAUUUGGAUGGAUUGAUGGAGCUGGUUUUAUAUAUCUGAUGGACAGUGCCACAUCUUUAUGAAAACUCGAAUGUCAGUCAAUGUGGUUUUACCGUUUUUUUUUUUGUUGCCCUUCCCAUGAUGUAAAUAUUGUUAAACGGGCACUUGGCGAGUAUGUUUGGACAUGAAACUGUCCUUUGUUGAAAUUAUGAAUUCUGUGUUUGGAAACAAAGUUGAGAUGUAUAUGUUAAUGAAUAUGAAACACAGAGAAAUGAAAUAUCCUCAUGUUUGUGUUAUAAUGUAGAGAAACAUCAUAUUUAUUCAAACAAUCCUUAGAUAUGUGAUAGCUGUGUGGUUAUUGAGGUGUUGCUGUUUGUGUGAGCGAUAUGAAAUCAUGUGUGCUGUUGUUAAAUAAUAAAUAUUCGU